UUCACAGACAUCUCCAGCAUCCCCUCCUCACACACACACACACACACACACACACACACACACACACACACUGUCCUCCCGUCUUGUCCCUCCCUCCACCACAGAGCGUCGGGACGUCUAUCUGUCUGGAAUCAGAGGAAAGACCUGGCAACGACAGUCGACGUGUUUCGUCAGACAAGCCUUAGACAUCACACUGUCCAUCAGUGUCCCUUCACACAGCUCGCAGCUUUGGACGGACAUCCCGGCGUUCCCCUGAUCAAAAUGAAGAAGAGUGAUCAAGCUCACGCAGAGCAUCAGCACAGUGGCGAGGAGAAUGAGAGGGAGCUGUGGAGGGAAAAGGAGGAGAAGGAGCGGCAGCACAGGAAGGCUGAAAAGAAAAUGCUGGCUUUCUGGAUGUCCUUGUCUCACAAGACCUGGACACUCUUCAGGCCCCGUAAGAGACUGGGCUUCCAGCGGUCCACCUCGGCCGUCCGGCUGCUAAAGAGUGAGGCAUGAGGAGGGACAGUGUGUGUGCAUGUGUGUGUGUGUGGAGGUCUGUCAGUAGCAGAGUGCCAACAGAGGCCUCACAGACCUGCUGUCAAGUGGACCCUUGUGUGUGUGUGUGUGUGUGUGUGUGUGUGUCUAAAUAUGUGUGUGUGUGUGUGCUCUGUUUAAGUGGAUAAAAGCAGCUUCCUCCGACUAGUCCACCAUCUGCAAAAGUACUUUGUGUUGCUGCCCUACCAGUGCUGGAGUGACAGGUGAAGGGCAAAAAACAAGCUUGCUUAGUCCACCUGUCACAUUUAUUUGCAAAACUACUUUAAAGAAACCAGUUUUUUAAGCAAAGAACCAUCGCCUGUGAUUUUUGAAAGAGCCUGGGUCAGGUUGAAGACAACUUGGGAACGGUCAAAACAGGAAAUCCAGUUAGUGUUCCCUCUGUCGAAAUGGAUCAUUUCCAAAGGAACAUCCUUCUCAAAUCAGCUUGACUGAUUAAGCCAAAAGAUUGGAAGUGGAUUUUUGCGGUGUCCUUCCCUACCAACACUACAACCUGGCAGGGAUGAGUUAACAGGGAUCAGCCAUGGUGGUGACCCAUCUUUCUCUGGAGCUGCGUUUCCGAGGGAAGAAGCUGAGGGGCUUCACGUGCAAAGUGACCCGCUCGGCCCACGGCUUACUGCCGGAGAGCUCUUGGAUCAUCGCUGUCCAGAUCCUUCUGCCGUACCUGUUGUCCGGCCUGGGCAUGGUGGCGGCUGGGAUAGUCAUGGAUGUAGUGCAACACUGGGAUGUGUUCAAGGAGAUCUCAGAGGUGUUUAUCCUGGUGCCAGCCCUGGUGGGGCUCAAGGGGAAUCUGGAGAUGACAUUGGCAUCCAGACUGUCAACAGCAGCCAACACAGGACAGAUGGAUGAGGCUCAGCAGCAGUGGAGGAUGGUGUGCUGUAAUCUGGCUCUGAUUCAGGUCCAGGCCACAGUCGUGGGCUUCCUGGCAGCUGUUGCAGCAGUGGGCCUCGGGGGUCUGACCAGGGGGAGAGUGGAUGUUAUCCAGGCUGCUGUCCUCUGUGCCAGCAGCGUCACCACUGCUUUCAUCGCUGCACUGUCACUAGGUCUGUUGAUGGUGGCAGUGAUUAUUGGAUCCAGGAAGGUGGGCAUCAACCCAGAUAAUGUGGCCACACCCAUCGCUGCCAGCCUCGGUGACCUCAUCACUCUGUCUCUGCUUGCUCAUGUCAGCAGCCUCUUCUUCUGUUACAGAGACAUAUGGUACCUGCCUCCUGCGGUGUGUGGCUUCUUCCUGCUCCUUAUCCCAGCGUGGGUUAUUAUUGCCCGUCGCUCUCCACCCAUCAGCGACGUCCUAAAGUCAGGCUGGCAACCAGUCAUUUUGGCCAUGUCCGUUAGCAGCAUUGGCGGUCUGAUUCUGGAUAAGACCAUAGCCAAUCCAAACUUCGAAGGUAUGGCAGUGUUCACUCCAGUCAUCAAUGGUGUAGGCGGAAAUCUGGUGGCCAUCCAGGCCAGCAGGAUGUCCACCUACCUCCACUACUGGGGCGUUCCUGGAGCUCUUCCAUUUAUAAUGGGUGUGAACUGUCCUGGACCCUGUGCAACCCUCUGCUCCUCAGAUGUUAACUCUAAAUCAGCCAGAGUCCUGGUCCUUCUUGUAGUCCCGGGUCACCUCCUCUUCCUGUACACCAUCCACCUCCUGCAGGGAGGCCAUACGGCCAUGACGCCCACCUUCAUCGUCUGCUACCUGUCUGCAGCUUUGCUUCAGGUGGUGAUUUUGCUUUACGUGGCCAGCCUGAUGGUGCGAUGGCUGUGGCGAAGGGGACUGGAUCCAGACAACUUCUCCAUCCCCUACCUCACAGCUCUGGGUGACCUGUUGGGAACUGGUUUCUUGGCAUUGAGCUUAAGGUUGAUCGCGAUGGUCAGUUCUACUGGGACUAGAGUUUGACACAGACACAUGAUCCUGUACACCCUGAGUGUACUGCUCUCUAGUAUAUGCAAGUGGCAGAACGACACUUGCAAAACUCUUGGAUUUAGGAAGGAAGGUGAGGAUUAAAGAACACAAGAGGUUGAGUAUGGCGUUAUAUUUCUGCCUCAAUACUGAGCGUCCAAAUCGGACAGAAGAAUAUGUUUUGGCAAGCACAUGUAUUUGACAAAUGAUUACACAAAGAAUAAUUUAGUUUAAGCAAACAAAGAUCUAUUCUGUGCUCAAUAAAUGAUUUUGCUAUUAUCCAUAUAAGGGCAUUUUUAAACUCAGUUUUACUUAUUUAGGGCCCUAUCUUGCACCCAGCGCAGCGCAAAGCUUGACGCAAGUGUCUUUGCUAGUUUAAGACCGACGCAGUUGUCAAUUUCCCAUCCAGCGCCCACGUCGUUUAAAUAGCAAAUGCACCUGCGCCCAUCUGUGCGCCCAUGGGCGUGCUGG